CGCCGUGCCGCACCGCGUCGCCUUCCGCGCGCUCCCUUCGUCGCGAAAGCCAGGCGAACGCGCGACCCGCGGAAAAUGUGAGGCGAGAUGAAGUCGCCGCGCGACGCCCAGGGCAGCUACUACAAGAAGAUGCUCGGACUGCAGGAGCAGCUGCGCAAGAGCGAGGAGGAGCGCAUACGCCUGGAGGAGAGGUUUAACCUUCUCGCGCGGGAGUCGCGAAACAGACACCAGCAGUGCAUCGAUCGCCUGAGGAUGCGCUACGUGGAGUACCUGGAGGAGCAGCGCGCUCGGGACCAGAGAAACGGCCGAGUGCUCGGCCAUCUCGACAAGAUCGACACGAGCCUGGCUCUGAUGAGCGCCAAAACCGAGCGACUCGGCAGUCUGCGCAAGCAGCAUGAGGCCUAUUUGUUGAGGGCGUACGGCAAUCGGCGGAGAGCCAGCGGCAGCGCGGCAGCAGACAGCGGCCUCGGCAGUCGGAACGACCGGGAGAUACCCGCUAGCCCGGCUUUUUCAGCGGCCGUCUACAAGCGAUCCGCGACCGAAAGUCCCGUUAACUACAGAGCGACGGCUGGCGGCGAGACGAGCCGGCCAGCCGGGAUACCUAUUGCUCGUCACAGCUGCGCGUUGCCGAGUUUCUCGUGGCUCGUCGACAGCUGCAGCCACGCUACGGAGACGCCAAUUUUGCCAAGCUACCUUCACACUUCCUACAAGUUGCCUGUGUACGAGACGAAGCGCGAGGAGAGCAGCGAUUACCUGUUUAAGGAAUUCACGAUGAAACCGACCAUCAAGACGAUCAUCGAUCCCGUGUCCGCUGCUGAACGCAAUCUCGAACGGUAUCUCGACAAAAUCAAACGCAUGCACAAGGAAGUCGACAGAAGUGGCGAGCUUGAGCUGAGCGCCGACGAGGCUGAACAGAACACCAGUGGCGAUUUGCUGAACGUCAGUCUGUCGGAGGAUAAUUUGGAGCUGGCGCCGGUCGAGCAAGAGAUGAUGAAAGAGAGAUCGAGGCUGGCGUUCGCGAGGCAGGCGUUCGCCAAUCCUCGUUCGUUAGCCAGGCGCCAAGACUCGGUCACGACGUCGCCGGAUUCGUUCGAAAAAGCGUUGGAGCCAGCGCCAAAGCCAGUCGAGGAGUCGACGAAAGCCUCGCCAAAGUUUGCCAAACAGAUCAUCUCGUUUCGAGAUAGAUUGAUACGCUCGGAUUUGAUGAAUUCGCGGAGCAAAGCCCAGGAGUCCGAGUCGACUAAAUCCGCGAAGACGGUCACUCGUAUCAAGGACAACGACGAGUUGACGCGCUUGCAACAGCUCGAGUCGAAGCCGACGGACGAGACGAAGAAAUUGUCAACGUUCUCGGAGACGAUGAGUUCUUUCAAAGACCGAUUCAAGAGGUCGGACAUUCCGAGCUUGCAGAGUGAACCCGAGCCAAAGCCAAUCGAAGAAGCAACGAAAUUGCCAACGUUCUCGGGAACUACGAGCACUUUCAAAGACAGGUUUAAGCGACCGAACAACGCGAAUGAUGCCGAUGCAAAGGACGACACGACGAGAUCGCCAACGUUCUCCGAGUCAAUUGGCUCGCUCAGAGAAAAAUUCAACCGUACGGACUUCAUGAGUUCUCGCAACAGCGCGACUACUCCAGACUCUUUUGAGGAUGCCUUCGCUAAACUGACGAGAAUGAAGGAACAACCUCGUCGUGCUGAAUCUCAAGAAGCUGCACCACCGGUGAUUACCGAGGAGUUGCCAACUCCGCCUGCAGAAGAAAGAGAUGAAGAUGAUGAAGAUGAUGAUGAUGAUGAGAAAGAAUCCUCGUCGGACCCUGAAAAUGAUGGGAUCGAAGACGAUUAUGACGACACUGUUGAUAUUGAUUCCUGGAUGCCUGAUGACGCGGAGUCUGAUCCGCAAGAAGUUAAGAGGAAAGAUAAUAUUUUGGAUUUACCGAGGAGAACAUUGGAGUCGAUAGAAGAAGUUGAGCAUGCUGAAGAUGAAGAAACAGACGAGAAAGGGAAGAACGAUGAAGUUGGCGAUGCAGAAGAUGGCGUUGGUGUUGAGGAAGUUGAAGAAGACGAGGAAAAGGAGAACGUGGAGCAGAAGGAUUCACAGGAAUUUGAGGAACAACCGAAAGCCGAGCCAACGGUUGAAAGUUUGAGCGUUGGAUACGAAAUUCAAGAGCAAGUUGCAGAUCCGAAUGUAAAGCACGAGGCUCAAGAGAAAUACGCCGAUCGGGAAGGGUAUUACGAACAAGAGGGUGGUGCAAAACAAGAGUACCAGACUGGCUCGGAGUACUACGAGCAGACAGAUCCCCAACAGUACCAAUACUCCGACGAUCCAAAUCAGCAGUACGCCUACGAUCCGAACGCUCAAUACGCCGGCUACGAAGAACAAUACGCUGCUUACGAACAAUAUCAACAAUACGAUCCAAGCCAGUAUGACCCUAACCAACAGUACGAUCCUAACCAACAAUAUGCGCAGUACACCGAUCAAACUUAUGCCGCUUACCAAGAAUCCGAUCAAACUACUGCUGUCCAAUACGACCCUAAUCAAGUCUACAACUAUUCGCAAGCGUACACCAGUAACGAGGAACAGCAACCCGCCGAGAACUACAGUCAACCGAGCGAGGAGCCGCCAAUCGAUUCGGCAGAACCUCCGGCAGCGAGCCAAACAACUGCAGCAGCGGACGAGCAGCCGAAAAGGAAGAAGGACGCGAUAAAGGCGAUCCUCGAUUCCGAUUCCGAAAGCUUCAUCGAGCGCAACCUGUCCAACACCGAGAGCGAUUACGACUUCAACUGAAUCCAUGCGUUCUUGUUUUUUUUCUGUAUAUACGAAGCUGUAAAAUAUGUCAUUGUGUAUAUAUGCCGAAGUGAGCGAAUAAAAAUGCUAUCACAA